UCAUUGGAUGGAAAGCGGGAUUAGCUCUUCACCGAGAUAUCUAUAACCCGAUUCUUACGCGGCCACGUCUUAUGCCCACCCACAUCCACACCCUCGUAAUAAACGGGUGGCCAGAAGAGUAUCCCGUGGGGCUCGCGCAACACGGUGCCUCAGUUCGUUGGAUAUUUACUGGCGAUUAAGAGCUUCGGCAGCCCAUCCGCAUCCACCGCCGCAACUCCGCCAUCGAUGGCCAUCGUCACCGCCACCACCACCGCCGCCUGCCUCACCGUCAUUUGCUCGGCGGUGGUGCCGGCCUCUGACGACCCCUCCCUCUCCGUCCCGUCGCCGCGCCAGACCAAGGUGGUGCUUCCCAAGAAAAAGCCCCUCAAGUGGUCCACCGGCGUUGCUCCGGGGGAGUACGGCGGCCCUCCGACCACCACCAAGCUUCGCAAGUACUGGGGUGGCCACGGCGACGAGGAUCCCGUCACCGCCACCGACGAUUUCAUUUGGAACAAGGACUUCCUCGGCCGCAUGCAGCGCCUCCUCCGAGAAGACAAAGCCAGCCCCAAUUUGCCUCCUCCCGUGGAGGAGCAAAGCUCGGGCUUUUUGAGCCUUAAUCGAGCCAUGAGCCUUGAUAGUGUGGAAAUCGAUCUGAGUAAAGAGCUGAGGCCGCCGCCGAAGCCGGUAUUGGAGCAGCAGGUAGAGGCUGCAAGGCGUGGCAUCUCUGCUACUGAAAUCCUGAAUGAUGCCUCAUCUCCAAGAUGGAGAUUUGUGCCAACAAGGAGGGAGCAAGCAAAGUGGGACCGUGCAACUAAGGCCGCCACUGGAGGCAGUGAUGUUGUGUUACGGGAAUCAAGGAGAGAGAGAGGGGAUCCCAAGAUAUUGGCAGCUCAGGCAAGGGAACAGUAUCUCAAGCUAAAAUGGAAGCUGCAGCUCCUCACUUUGGGUAUUGGUGGCAUUGGUGUAGUCUCAGCAUACUUUUCUUAUUCUCCUGAAACUGCAGCUAGCUAUGGUGCAGGGCUGCUUGGUUCUUUGGUGUACAUACGUUUGCUUGGCAAUAGUGUAGAUUCCAUGGCAGCUGGGACUAAAGGGAUGGUCAAGGGAGCUGUUGCGCAACCAAGGCUACUGGUUCCAGUGGCACUUGUGAUGAUAUACAAUAGAUGGAAUGAGAUAUUAGUUCCAGAUCAUGGCUUCAUGCACCUACAGCUGAUACCGAUGCUUGUCGGGUUUUUCACCUAUAAGAUUGCCACUUUUGUCCAAGCUAUUGAGGAUGCUGUGAAUGUAGUUGAGAAGCGCCAAGUUUGAAUAUUAGUUUUUCCAUACAUGAGGCAUCUCACAUUCAGAAUUGUCCGACUAUGCGCAUAGAAAUGGUUCAGAUAUUCAUGAAUAUGGAGGAACUGAUUUUAUAUGUAGAGAAUCAUGGGGAAAAUUACAGAGAAAUUUUAAGGGUUCUGAUGCGUCAUGGAUCAUUUCUGGGUCAUGGAGAAGGUUAACACGUGGGACACAAAGGAAUUCACUUCAGUUCACUGUAAUUGUAAUAUAUUCAUUGAAUGUACUCUAACCGUCCCAGAUUGGGGCCAAAAAGAGAAGUGUAUCGUCAUCAGAAUGCUCAUGAGCAAUGUAUUUGCUGUAUCUUAAUAGUUGAAUUUGGAACUCAUGUUCCAAGACGUAAAUUAUCCGCAAUAUCUACAGAUUGCAGACAUGCAGCAAGUAAUUAUCAUCUUUCGAGAAGA